AUGCUCAACGACCACUCUAAGGCGAGUAUUGCACAGAUACUCUUCUACCUUCCUGCCCUCGUGUUCACGGGAUACCUUCGCUGGCACCGCCAUGGACGCCCAAGAAUGGCAUGGAUUAUCCUCCUUGUGUUUACAAUCAUUACCGGUACAGUUCGGAUUGCAUGUGGCGUGGUGGUGAUAAUUUAUGAGAACAACCAGAAUAACGACGGUUUAUUGGCUGCUUCAACCAUUCUUUUGAAUGCAGGAGUAUUUCCUCUUAUUGCUGCAACCAUUGGCCUUAUCAGAAUCAUUCCUGGAGUCCGCUAUGGUUUGAUCCUUUCACGGAUCUUCUUUAUUGGUGGUAUUUUCGUUAUUGUCGCUGGUGCCUCCAUUGUCGGCGAUACCGAUCAUCCAAAAAAGGUGUCAACUGGCUCGGACUUGGUGAAAUCCGGCUAUAUCAUUCUCGCAAUAUUUGUGGCCACGCUGCUUGGAUUCCAAGCCUAUUUCUGGUUCAAGCGCGCAGGUCUUACUCAAACCAGUGUGACGGUUCUCAGAGGCAUCUCCACUGCAAUGCCUUUUUGCCUCGUUCGUCUCACAUACCUAUUUUUGUCCAUUUUUCGCCCAUCAGAGCCCAGGUGGAACGAAUUACUCGGAGACACUGCACCGUACGUUGUCAUGGGGCUAUUGAUGGAGUAUGCGGUUGUGUGCAUCUACAUCUUCACUGGCUUUCAGAUUCCGCCGAGUAAAAAGACGAGGGAAGAAUUGCUGGCCGUCUAA